AUGAGUAGAAAAAGAUCCCAUAAUGAAAACUUUCUCCAAACGACAGGUGAAGUCUUUUGUAAGAUUACCAAAUUGAACGAAAGAAAUGAAACAACUUCAGAAGAAGAUAAUAAAAAUAAAUCUGAAUCAUUUAAUGCUGCAGAGAUAGUUUCAAGGAAUAUGGACUUAAUGAAUUUAAUAAUAAGAAAUAUAAACAAUGUUAGCGAAAGAAGAAAUAUUGCGUUAACAUAUUCAUUUAAAACUAAAAUAGAAACAAGACAUUGGAUAAAUUAUUUUGUUGAAGAACCAUUAUUUAUGGUUUUUGAUGAUAUACUGAUUAUAAAUAUCUCACAUUUUAGUAGAAGUGUCACCAAAAAAUUAGAAAUAUUUGGAAAAAAAAUUAAAAUGCACAGGCACAAGAUAAGAACAUUGAAAAUAAAAAAUUUACCAAGUGGUUAUUUUGAUUAUUUUAAAAAAUUGAACUGUUUUGAGAAUAUUAGAACAAUUUAUUUUGAUGUUUUAAAAUUUAAAUAUAUUCCAAUGGCAAUUUUUGAGGAAUGGCCAAGUCUGAGACCAAAUACAUUAAUUUUUGGAAAUGUAAUAAAUAAUGAUUUUGAUUAUAGAGAUUCAAAUAGAGCAAUUUACAAUAAUGAAAAAUAUACAUUUCCAAAAUGUAUAAGAAAUAUUCAUUUAUUAUGUGAAACAGAAAAUGUUGAUUGGAUGGUAAAUGCUCUAAAGAAUUUCCAAAAUUAUGAACUUGAAUCUUUAGUUCUUAUGGAAAAUUUUACAGAAUACCUUUCUGGAUUAACUAUGAUAUCCAUUAAUUCAAUAAUACAUUUUUUUAAAAAAGUGAAAUUUUUAAUAUGUAAAUGUUUUCCCUCAUCAUUAAAUGAAUAUUUUGCUCAAAUAUUAUCUGAUUUUAUUAUUUCGGAUAAUUUUGUUUUAAUUUUUGACAUGAACUUUAAUGUUUCAAAAUGUAAUUUUGAUGUUUGGAUUGAUCAAGAUCAUUCAUUAGAAGGAAACAAUGAUAUAACAAAUAGUGAAAUAUAUGAAAAUGUCUCUAUAAAUGGAAGAUAUUUAAGUAUUCAUAAUGUCAAAGUUUAUCGUUCUGAUAUUUUAAUAAAAUAUAAAUUAACAGACAUUGAAAUAAUGUCUUUGAAAGAAGGAUUCUCAAAAAUGCAUAAUUUAACAACAUUAGAAUUGGAUUUAGAUUUAAUUAGUUCAUCCUCUCAUACUAUAUCAUUAUUUAAUGGAUUAGGCAAAAAUUUAAAAAAUAUCAAAAUUUAUAACAGUGGUAAUUUAAAAUUAAAUGAUUUAAUUAUGUUAGCAAAAUCUUGUCCAAAUAUUGAAAAUUUAUGUUUAGAAGAUUUGAAAUCAAAUAAUAUAACAAUUAAAAAAAUAAUUUCAAUGUUUAAAAAUUUAAAAGGCCUUGAAAUUCAAUUUUCUUUUGAAUAUAAUAUUAAAAAUAUUAUAUAUGAUCUGAUUAAAAUGGAUGACAUAAAAAAGCAAUACUUACUAGAUUGGCCACAAAUUUAUUUAUUAAAUAUUUUUUUUCCUAUGCCAGAUGCUGAUGAAAGAGAAUUAUUAAUUAUGAUUAUUACAUUGACUAAAGUAUAUAUAUAUAUGUUAUUAAAUGAAAAAAAUAAUUAUAUGUCUUAUAUACCAAAUCAUUUUCAAAAUUUUUUUUUUGUACUAUUAAGUUCUGAAUCUCGAACUUUAAUAAUUAUUUAUGAUAUAUAG